AUGCACCCGCACCCGCAGGCAAUUGCCGUCGUGACGCUGCUCACUGGCGCGCUCAACACGAUCCUCAUGAAGAUGCAGUUCUCGGUAACCUCGCUCGGGUCCGAGCCGUGCGCCAUGCUCCAUGGCAACGCGACGACGCUGCUCUGCGCCUUCAACAAGCCGUGGUUUGGCGUGCUUCAAGUCAAGCUCGGCAUGACGCUCUGUCUUGUCUACCUUUUUGCGCGCAAGAAGCUGCUGCACCGGUCGUUUCUUGAGACGCCGGUGCAUGCCGCGAGUAUGACCGUGUACGACGCUUUGCGCGCACCCGAGACGCCGACGUGCACGACGCUUCUGGCAACGGUCGUUCCGGCAGCGCUGGACCUCAUCCAGAGCGUCUUUUCGUUCAUUGGACUGCUCUGGGUCCCGGCGUCGGUGUACCAGAUGAGCGGCGGCUCGAUGCUCAUCUUUAGCGCGUUCCUCGCAGUCAAGUUUCUUCACGUGCGGCUCUUCUCGUACCAUUACGUGAGCAUUGCCCUCGUGGCACUCGCGCUCGUCUUCGUCUCGGCCGCGAGCUACGCGCAGAGCCCGUCGACGCACAAGACCGCCGACGACGGCGUCAACAUGGCCAUCGGGCUCUUCUUCAUCCUGCUCUCGCGCUUUGGGUACUCGGUCAACAUUGCGAUCGAAGAGUACUUUAUGACAAAAUUGCACGUGAGUCCGGUGCUGCAAGCAGGCAUGGAAGGCGUGUGGGGCCUCGUUCUCUUCGUGCCGCUCAUUCCGUGUCUGAGCUACACGCCACCCGGCUCGUCACCGCUUGCCAAGAUCUGGCACGAGGACUUUAACGACACGUGGAUCAAGCUACGCCACUCGCCGUCGCUGGUCGUCCUUGUCGUCCUGUACGUUCUCUGCGUCGCGACCUACAACGUGGCGGCCAACUGGGUCACCAAGCACAUGAGCUCGAUCGUCCGGAGCAUGAUCGAGAAUGGACGCACGCUUGGCGUGUGGCUUUUGGGCCUCGGCCUCUACUACGUGGCGAACGAGCCGAGUAUGGGCGAGCCGUGGACGUCGUGGAGCUGGCUGGAGCUCUUUGGGUUUGGCCUCCUCGUCUACGCAACGCUGGCGUACAAGCAAGUCGUGCGAUACCCGUGCCAGUCGGUCUACCGCGACGGCUUUGUCCCGAUCCACUAA